AUGGCUUUGCUCCAUCCCUUCACCAGCCUCCUCCUCCUACUUGCUGUGCCCCUUUCCUGGGCUGCAAACCAGUCCCUGCCAUCCCCUGGCUCCCUGCCUGCUUUCCCCCCCCUGCCGCUCCUGCAGGCCCUGCAAGUGCGGGCACCAGGCAGCCAGGGCUGGCAAGCAGGGCCAGCAAGUGGGCAGCCUCUGCGCUACAUGCUGAACCUGUACCGGCGUGCUGCUGACAGCGAAGGCCGACCCCGCCAUGGCCGCAGCCUUGUCACCAACACUGUUCGCUUGGUCCGGGCCAGUUCCCAUGGAGGUCAGCCCUGGGCAGGUCGCUGGUACAUGCAGCCCCUCACCUACCACCUGGAGGGCCAGCCCGAGGUCGAGCACCUCCUCCGAGCCACUGUGGUCUACCUGCCCAGUCUGCCACUGGCCCACGGUCGCCUCCUCUGUGCCCUGGAGCUGGCAUCCACUGGUGAGGCACCUGGGGCAUUGCUCAGCCCUGCCACCCGCCCCCGCCGUGGCUGGGCCGAAGCAGAUGUAACCCCUUACCUGGCGCUGGGGAAUGGAAGUGUGGGAAGCCUGUCGCUGCGGCAUGUCUGUGUGCGUGCCAGCCGGGUGGGGGGCCGCGAUGCCCCAGUGACCCCCAGCCACCCCUUCCUCCUCCUCUACCUCAAUGACACCCAGACUGGGCUCGCACCUCCAGCAGCAGAGCCCCACCGGCACCGGCGUGACACAGGGAUGCUGGCCCAUGACCUGCCUGGCUACCUGCGGGAGCAGGGAAGGGAGAAGAGUGACUGUUCCCUGCGCCCCUUCCCUGUCAGCUUUGCCCAGCUGGGCUGGGACCACUGGAUCAUUGCUCCCCACCGCUACAACCCACGCUACUGUAAGGGUGCCUGUCCCCGCCUGCUCCGCUAUGACUAUCAUGCGCCUAACCAUGCCGUUGUGCAGAGUCUUGUCCAUCAGCUGGUGGAUGCCAAUGUGCCCCGGCCCUCCUGUGUCCCGUACCGCUACAGCCCCAUCAGUGUCCUCAUGAUUGAGCGUGAUGGCGGCAUCCUCUACAAGGAGUAUGAGAACAUGAUUGCAGAGUCCUGCACCUGCCGGUAACACCUGCUGCCCUGGCACAUCACCCCAGGCUCUGCCUGUCCCUGCUGGAUCUGGACUUUAGCGUUUGUCUUGCUCUGCCUGGGGCAGGUUUGUCCCCCCUCCCUACACAGCACUACUCUGGGAAGGUUUUACAAUGGCAGUUUUAUGUAAAUUGUGGGUUUUUAAAGGCAGAAGCCUGGGCUGGGGUGGUUGCCCUGUGGCAUCUGUCCUUUCUGCAGACCCUAGGCUGCCACCUGUUUUUGGGGAGCAGGAGGGCUUGGCCCAAUGCUCCCAGAGAAGAGCUGCAUCCCUGGACUGCAGCAUGAAGCUCUUAGGAGGUGGCUGGGGUCUCCUGGUGGAGCCAGGGCAGGGAGGGCAAGCAGUCUGUGUGUCCCUGUGCUUGGCACCAAGCUGGUGCUGUCAGUAUCUGGUGCAACCCUGCCCAUGGGAUUCCUUCCUGGCUCAUGUGCCCCCCAUCCUGUCUAGUCCCAGCUGUGGCAGCAUCUCACUGGGCUGGGAAUUGGGCUGGGGGGGAAGCCCCUCUCGUCUCCUGCAGUUCUGCUCUGAGAGGCUAUGAAAACUGGAGGACCCGAGCUGCCAGCUCUGCUCCCAGUACCAGGGGCCAGUCAGUGCUGGGCUCUGCCCACUGCUUCCUCUGCCACCCCUGUCCUUCACCUCUUUGGCUUGCCCUCUAGCAGGGUUCAGGUCUCACCUUAUCCCAGGGUUGGACCCCUGUUGUGGUGUCCCUCUGCCUUUUCACACCCUUGCUGUCCCAUGGGGCUUGGGCUCUGCUGGGGUCCUGGUCUGUCCCUGUUCCCGGAGGGGUCAGUCUUAUUCCCAGCACCCCUGCUGCCUGGCUUUCCUCUAUUUAUU